AUGCGAUGUGCCCGGAGCAUCAUCCACCCCACGAGCGAGGGCCCGGUGGCAGGUUUUGGGGUGCACCCUGGCCCACGGACACACCCGCUGUCUGGCUGGUACGUGGGCUGCGCUGCCACCAGCCACCCGGGCUGUGACAAUCCCGGCUUUGUGCGGCCCCGCGGGGUGACAGCCCCGAGCCGCGCUGCGCGCUUAACCCCUUCGGGGCAGCGCUGGUCCCCGGGCUCCGGGUCUGCCUGCAGGUCGUGUCUGUGGCAGAAAGGUGAGCUUCUGGCUCUGCUGGACCUGAUGGCAGAACCAGGGUACGACUCGGGACGGGAUGGGUACAUUGACUUGAUGGAGCUGAAGCUGAUGAUGGAAAAGCUGGGAGCCCCACAAACCCAUCUGGGGCUGAAGAACAUGAUCAAGGAGGUGGAUGAGGACUUUGAUGGGAAGCUCAGCUUCCGCGAGUGCCUGCUGAUUUUCCAUAAAGCAGCAGCUGGGGAACUUGAGGAGGACAGUGGCCUGUUGACUCUCGCGAAGCUCUCUGAGAUAGAUGUCUCCAUUGAGGGAGUCAAAGGAGCCAAGAACUUCUUUGAAGCUAAGGCUCAAGCCCUCUCUUCAGCCAGUAAGUUUGAAGCAGAGAUAAAAGCUGAGCAGGAUGAGCGGAAGAGGGAAGAGGAAGAAAGGAAACACCGCCGAGCAGCUUUCAGGGAGUUAAAAUCUGCAUUUACCCAGUAACCAACAAGCCAACAUGCACUCCAAGAUUGCACAUGACUUGGUACGUUUCCCAGACCAGGGAGAGAUCUGCCUGGAUCCUGCCUAAAACUCGUUACAGCUUUGCUAGCCUUCCUCUCCUGAAGAUCCUCCUGAGUUCCUAAGGGGACAUCUCUUGCAGUUAUGGUGCAUUCACAGCAACGUGAGUUGUAAGAGCUGUGU